GGUUACUCUGAAAGCAGAUGCUGACAUUUAAACUCCUAACAGGACGGAAAGAAGAGACACUUCAUAAGUGAGAUGGAUCUGCGUGAGGUAAAAUGGAAAUCAGCUGCUGUCAGUGUGCUGCUGUUCAUUCUCUACCUCAGCAACACUGCUGCUGCCGUCAGCCUGAAGGAACAUCUGGCUGACUGUCUGAAGGACAAUGACUACGAGGAGCUGCUGCACACGGUGAAGACCGGCCUCCCUCACAUAAAUACAUCUCAUCAUGUGGUUAUCGUGGGAGCUGGCAUCGCUGGACUGACGGCUGCCAAGCUCCUGCAAGACGCAGGACACCAGGUGACCAUAGUGGAGGCUAGUGGUCGUGUUGGAGGACGAGUGGAGACCUACAGGAAUGAAGAAGAGGGCUGGUAUGCUGAACUGGGAGCCAUGAGGAUCCCAAGUUCUCAUCGAAUCGUCCACUGGUUUGCUGAAAAGCUGGACGUCAAGCUGAAUGAAUUCAUCAUGGAUGACCCCAACACCUUUUACUUCGUUAAUGGGUUGCUGAAGAGGACGGAUGCAGUCCAAAAAAACCCUGACAUCCUCAAAUACAAUGUUAGUAAAAGUGAGAAAGGAAAAUCAGCCGACAAGCUGCUACAACAAGCUUUGCAGAAGGUCAAAGAUGAAGUGGAGGCUCAUGGUUGCAGGGCUGCACUGAUAAAAUACGAUCGUUAUUCUGUAAAGGACUAUCUGAGAGAAGGAGGUCUGAGUUCAGAAGCAGUGAGGAUGAUUGGAGACCUGCUUAAUGAACAGAGCCUCAUGUACACUGCGCUGAGUGAGAUGAUUUAUGACCAGGCUGACAUCAAUGAUGACGUGAAGUACUCAGAAGUGACUGGUGGGUCGGACCUUCUCCCCAAAGCUUUUCUUAAUGUCCUCAAUGUCCCAAUUCUUUUCAACUCUACGGUCAAACGCAUCAAACAGUCAGAUAAAGGUGUAACUGUUUCGUAUCAAAGAGACCAACAGACCAACAGUCUUUCUGCCAACAUCGUUCUGGUAACAACCACAACCAAAGCAGCCCUUUUCAUGGACUUUGUUCCAGCUCUCUCCGUUAACAAGAUGGAGGCACUGAGGGCAACCCACUAUGACAGUUCUACUAAAAUCCUCCUUACCUUCAGCGAGAGGUUCUGGGAAAAGGACGGCAUCCGAGGGGGAAAGAGCAUCACUGACAGGCCCUCACGUUACAUCUACUACCCCAGCCAUAGUUUCCCAACAAAUAAGACCAUCGGUGUCCUCCUGGCUUCCUACACCUGGUCUGAUGACUCCCUCCUCUUCUUAGGUGCCAGCGAUGAAGACCUGAAAGAACUGGCUCUGAGAGAUUUGGCAAAGAUCCAUGGUGAUCAUGUCGGGUCUCUCUGCACAGGGGUGUUGGUGAAGAGGUGGAGCAUGGAUCCUCACAGCUUGGGCGCCUUCGCUCUCUUCACACCCUACCAACAUUUAGAGUACUCUAAGGAGCUCUUCAGAAGUGAAGGCAGGGUGCACUUUGCUGGUGAACACACAGCCUUCCCUCACGCUUGGAUCGAGACAUCUAUGAAAUCUGCAAUCAGGGCUGCUACCAAUAUUAACAAAGUGACCGUCUUCAAUUUAAAAACCGCUAAAUGUCCACCACGAGAUGACCUCUAGGUUCUGCAUGACCGAGUCUCAGCAACUGUGUACUAUGGUAUUCAUAAAAAGAACACAAAAAAGUGCAACAUAUCUGGCUAAUGCCACAGAAAUGUACUAUGUUGAAAUGUGUCUGUCAUAGAAUGAAAUUUGUUUCAUAGUAUACAAAUACAAAUAUAUCAAUUUCAUUAAGAUUGAAAACAAUCCCCCAAAAAACUUUAUUUGAAUAUACAUUUAAUCAUCAACCUUCCCAUCCAGCCAAUACUAGCUCACAUUGCCAGUUUGCCACUUGACACAUAGAAAUCCAUUUAUGUUCAUCUAGAGUCAGCAAUUAACGUAGCCUGUAUGUCUUUAGCCUGUGGGAGCACACCGAGCACGAAAGAACCCAACCAGCCGUUGGAUUUGAACCCUGGACCUUCUUGCUUCAAAGUGUCACUUAAUUAAUACAAAUAUUUUCUUCCUCAUAAUCUUUCUCCACCAACACUUCUGUAUUAUACAUAAUCAAUCAGGGGACACAGGUAUGCUUGUCACAUGGUACAUACUGUAUGUUUGUUGUGGCUGUGAUUC